AUGUUUGUGCAGAAGGAAUACCUGCGGACCGAAAUCGCUAUCGUCUUGGACGGAUCCGGGAGCAUCGACCCUCCGGACUUCGAACGGGCCAAGAAGUUCAUCUACGACAUGAUGAAGACCUUCUACGAUAAGUGUUUUGAGUGUGUUUUUGCCUUGGUCCAAUACGGAAACAUCAUCAAAACGGAAUUUGACCUGCGGGACGGCAGGAAAGAUGGCCCCGCCUUGGAGAAAGUGCCGGGCGUUACGCAAGUGUGCAGCGUCACCCGGACGGCGUCUGCCAUCCAACAUGUCCUAGAUUCUAUCUUCAACCCGAACUAUGGGUCCCACAAGAAAGCUGUCAAGAUCAUUGUCGUGUUGACGGAUGGGGAGAUAUUAUUGGACAAUUUGACAUUAGAAGCGGUGAUCCAUUCGUCCAGCAUGGCGGGCAUCGAGCGUUACGCCAUCGGGGUUGGGGAGGCAUUCAACAAACCAAAAGCCCUCGAGGAGCUGCGCUUGAUCGCCUCGGAUCCGGACGACCGACAUCUCUUCCGAGUGACCAACUAUUCGGCUCUGAACGUGCUUCUUUCCACGCUGCAGCAGAAAAUUAUCGGCAUAGAAGGUACGGCCGGCGACAUCCUGGAAUUUGAGCUGGCUCAAAGCGGCUUCAGUGUCCACCUCUUGGAUGAGAACUAUAUUCUGUUUGGCGCCGUGGGGGCCUUCGACUGGUCCGGAGGCGUCCUUCGAUACGACGUAGCAAGCGGAGUCGCGGUUUUCUUGAACGAAUCGAAGGAGGAGACGGACGCCCGAAACGGUUAUCUAGGCUACAGCGUGGGCUCAGUCAAGACGUCACGGGGCCCUUUGAUCGUGGCAGGGGCCCCUCGGCGCAACAUGACGGGGACAGUCCUGGUGUUCGAAGGCGUUCACUUAAAGCAAAGACUGCCUGGCGAGCAGAUUGGGUCCUACUACGGCUCGGAACUCUGUACGUUGGACAUCAACAAGGAUGGGAGGACAGAUUACCUCCUUGUCGGAGCCCCGUUUUUCCACAUACACGGAGAGGAAGGAAAGGUUUACCUUUAUCACCUGGAGAAGCAGACUAACCAGUUCGCUCCAGUAGGACACUUAAGGGGCCUCCCAGCAUUCCCUUUUGCGCGGUUUGGGUUUGCCAUGGCUGACAUCGGAGAUUUUGACGCCAAUGGUUUCAGUGACGUCGCCAUCGGCGCACCGCUCGAAGGCCACGAAUUGAACCCCGGCUCUUCCGGCAGCGUUUACAUCUUUAACGGUGGCCAGGAUGGGAUCCGAAGUUCCUUCUCCCAGAGGAUUACAGCGGCAGAAAUGGGCUUGCCGGGACUCAUGUAUUUUGGAAGGUCUGUUUCUGGGGGUUUGGACUUCACGGAGGACGGACUCCCAGACCUCGUUGUUGGAUCUUUAGGCAACGUGGUUUUGCUCCGUUCGCGGCCGGUUCUUCGCUUGGAGCCCAACAUGCGUUUUACCCCAGCGAGGAUAUCCAACUUCCACAACAGCAGCAUUGCCGCCGCCAAAUUGUGCUUUGACAGCGCUUUCCCUCUAGAUGCCGCGCAACCAGGGGUCCGUAACCUUCUAGUUCACUACACUGUGGAUUUGGACGUUGAAAUGGAAAAGAAGAGGGCGCAGUUUGAAGACCACACGGCCGCCACCAGCGGCGUGAUCUCCUACGCUGAGAAUUUGUGUUCUGAACUGCAGCUCCACAUCCUGCCCUGCAACGCCAACUGUUUCGCCAGCAUCGUUCUCAGGCUCCGCUACCAGCUUCGUGACUUGGAGGAAGACCCGAGUUCUCCCACGGCCGUGCUCGAUGCCUCUCAGGACUCUGAGCUGUGCUUCCAGCUGCCGUAUAGAGACGAUUGUGCUAACAAGACCGUCUGUGGGCCGCGGUUGAGUUUGGCUGUUCAAACAGAGGAGGAGUUGGUGGUUGGCUUUACCAAAGAAGUUGCAAUGGACAUCUGCCUGCAAAACAGUGGUGACAACUCAUACAUGACCUCUUUGGUUCUGGAAUAUCCUACAAACCUCCACUUUAAAAACAUCCGGGAGAGAUUCCUGCGGCAUUCUGGUUUGAAGGAAGGUUCCCAUAAUUUAAUGUCUCUGCAGGUUUCCACUCCAGACAUUGAGUGUGACGCUUCUAAACUCACCUCCCUGAGCUGUAAGGUUGGACAUCCUGUUUUCAAGGCAACGACAGUAAAUUUUUCGGUGGUCUGGCAGCUCGACGGGAAACGAUUCCCCGGCGGUUCCGCGAACAUCACCAUUAGCGUCACCAACACCAACAGGAACAGCACGCCUCUGGUUGAAGAACGUUCUCUCGGUGUGAAAUACGCCUUCAGUGCCAUACUCAGCAGGCCGGUCCCAAUUCUCUACGUGAGUGCAAGUGAAGGAUCCCCUCAGAGGAUUCACUUCACGUUUAACAUCAACGGGCGGAACCCGUUUGGGGCGCAGCUGGAGUUGCGGAUCUGGGUCCCCAUCACGAUAGACAACCGCCAGCUGACAAGCAUAAAGGAGGCGACGGGUACACAGCUUGUCGGCCAAGUAGUGGAGCCACAGGACAUUGCUGUGCGGGUAGUAGCCGGCCCAGCUGUUUGCGUUGCCCUCUCUCAUCUGCCGGUAAAUGUCAAACUGAUAAUCCCCUUGGCCUUGGAAGACCUCUUCGUCGGUGGAAAGGUCGCAGUACACCGUCAAGCCGUCCCGCUCCAGCCGGGAGAAGGUGUAGUCGAUAAUGUUCACGAGGAAGCCCUGUGUGGCAAGGACGUGGGUGGCCCCGUUCAGCGUCACCCUCACGUCUUUCACGUCGGUCUUCUUGACCAGGACGUUGCCCCAGUGGAGGUCGCGGUGUUCGAAGCGCAACGCCUCCUCUGCCACGGCCAGCGAAGCCGUGACCUGGUGCAAGAUGCUCUUGGCCACCGCCAGGGAGCUCAGCUGCCGGUUCCGCAUGUUCUCCAGGUCGGUGCCUCCAAAUUCGAACUCCAGCACCAUGAAGAGCUGCUCGUCCCCGAAGAAGUCCGGCCGGUCGUUUUCGGACUCUCGCAGCCGGUGGUACUCGUCCCAGGCUCUCAGGAGGGGCUCAGGGUAAACACCCCGCACACAGUGCACGGAAUACAACCGAAUAAACCCAGACGUUUGGUUGACUUCCUCAUCCGCCAGGAGGCUGAGCUCUUUGGAGAUGAUGAUCUCGGCAAGCUCAGCUCUGACAGGCGACCAUCGCAGGCGGCACAGCUGUCCUCUCUCAAUAAAUCCGGCCAGCAGCCGUCCCUUGGAAGACAGGAAAUCCGGGUCGUCGAAGGAGGAGGAGGCAGCGGAGGAGGAGGAGCUGGUGCUGAAGAAGCGCUUGGGGUCGACCUGGGGCGAGAUCCAGAGGGCGGGGGCCGGGAGGCGCCUCAGGCCGGCGGUGGGCGCAGGCCUCCCUCUCCUCCUCCUCUUCCCGCCGCCGCCGCCGCCGUCGCCCCCUCGCCUCCCCCGCAGCCCCGACAAGGCCAGGAUGGGCCGCCGAGCGCGCCCGCCGCCAUUUCAAACCCAACUCUCGCGAGAGGAAGCCACCGCCGCGCCCCGUUCUCUCGCGAGGGUUCGGCCCAAGGCGGCUGCGGCCAAUCCGAGCGGAGCGGGCUCUCGCGAGGCUUGGCGCGCUGCGAGAGUUCGAGGCGCGGCAGCCAAUCGGAGAGAGAGAAAGAGAGGCCGGGCGUGCCCGUGUCGGUUCUCUAUGGUGUGGCGAAUCGUCUCCCGGACUGCCUACGUCCGGAUCCGAAAUACCACCCGCCCGUCUUUCUCUUUCAGAACAGCCAAAGCGUCAGAUACCAGCUCGUGAAUUGCAGCGUGUCGUCCGCGAAGGAGGACGUGACGGUGACGGCAGAGUUGCCGCUAGCUAAUGCCUGGCAGGUCUUAAAAAACAGGACAGAUUUGCUGGUUCAAGGGGAAAUUGUUUUCAACAGCAGUCUUUAUGUGGGCCUGAACACCGAAAACCACAAAGCUGAGAUCACGGUUGUUCUUCUGAAGGAGGAAACGUUUGAUUUCCUCCCUGUCAUCGUCGGGAGCUCAGUCGGUGGAUUCAUGGUCCUGAUUUUCAUCAUCUUUCUUCUUUAUAAGUGCGGCUUCUUCAAAAGGAAUUACAAAGCCAUGAUGGAGGAGCAGGGAGAUUCCUGAGAAAGAAGCGUGGAGCAAGAGAG